AUGGACUCCAGCCCGCUGCGCACCGUCUUCUACGCGGCCAUGCUCACCGGCUGCGCCGUCGUCUGCCUCCUGCAGUGCGUCACCCAGUUCAACCUGUACUGGAGUGAGCCGGCCGCUAUGACCGUCACCAUCCAGAAGGGCGAGAGGGUGCUGUUCCCGGCCUUCACCGUCUGCUCCUCGCGCAAGUUCAGCCGCAGUCGAGUCCAGGCCAUGGGGCUGCUCAACAAGCGCGGCACCAACGUCGACUGGAACCGCUUCCCGGCCAACGAGUCGGUGGAGGCGUUCUGGCUGGAGGCCCCCGCCGGCCGCUGGACCCCGGUCAUCGCCCGCAACGGUAUGUGCUACACCUUCACGCCCAACACCACGCUGGUGGUGAAGAACGAAGAGAAGUUGGACAUCACGUUCAACCUGUACAUCAACGACUACUUCAACAAAUUUUCCUCGAUAUUUGUAGACGUAUACUUCCAUGGCAACGAGCCGCCAAUCAUGCAGUCGCGCUACUUCAACGUGGCCGACCACCCCAAGGUGAAGCUGUUCCCCGGCGACAUCUCCAACGUGGACGUCACCGGCCGGAGCGCCGUCUUCAAGUCGCUGAAGCGUCGCCCCUGCCAGCCGCAGCGUGGCUACACCGAGACCAAGUGUACGGAGCGCUGCAUGUGGCAGCACGAAACGGGCCAGGUGGGCUGCCGCGCGCCCUGGAUGGCCGGCCUGACAUCGGCGCCGCCUCUCUGCAGCACUCCCCGCGACCUGAUGGACAUGCAGAGUCCGCCGGCCGUCAAACGCGGCUCCGUCGCGUGCCCGCACUGCGAGCCCUCCUGCUGCACCGAGAUGUACCAGGUGCAGGUGAGCUCCUCUCAGCACGCGGCCGGCAUGGCCAACAGGGGCACCUGCAAGAUGCUGGCGCGCUGGCCCUACCAGAUGGAGCUCUCCACCGAGGAGUUGACCUACGGCCUGAGUGGGCUCAUUUCGGACGUGGGCGGCAACAUGAGCCUGCUGUUGGGCGUCUCCGUCAUCAGCAUAGUCCAGGCCAGCGAGAUGCUGCUGAAGGUGAUGCGACAGCGCCUCCAAGCUCUGCACAUGGCCUGCCUGACCAGGGUAGCGCCGCCGUCGUGCCCGAAAAAGAAGCCGGCGUCCCCUACACGCGAUGUGGCCGGCGUGCCGGUGACGCCGGCCGGCUGGCCAGCCCUGAAGACGGCGAAGGUGCCCGGCAGCGCGCGCUACCAGUCACCGGCCGCCUGAGAUAGGUGCUGCACCGUCGUCAACGGCGCCCACUGGCGGGUUCCGCACCACGAGCGCGAGCAGAGACCUCGCUGCCGAUCGAGCCGCGCCCUCAGUCAGAGGCUGCGCCAAGGCCCUCUCACAUCACGCACCCCCGCCCAGCAAUUCUCGCAAGCCAGGGCGUUAAUGGCGUCAGAAGUCCUUGCUGUGAUAUGCCGUGUGCUAUGCGGCGAUAGCCUGUUACGGUACACUUGCAUGUAGAGCAGACGCACACAGAAUUACAAAAUGCAUCCAAGAAGAUCCCCCAGUGGUUCACUUUUUUAAACGGAGCAAACAAACUAUUCCACAAAGUUUCCUUUGACCCCAAACAGACGCCACAGCGGAAAUAUUGUAACUUUCGCUGUUUUUUUUACAGCUAACGCCGUCGGAGCACGAGCUAAAGUUCUACGGUACCUGAUGGCACCAUAAUACGUGCACUAUAUUUAUCAUCCACAGUAACUUUCCACAGAGGUCCGUUUAAACUGAAAACUAUGUAUAAUCGAUAUGGUACAUACGGCGCGGAUAACUGCCGCCUGGCAAAAACAAAUGCCAAGACAGUGACAGCUGACACAACUUUCCAGACAUUUGGCACAUCGACGAUGCUUUUCUUGGUCCCAGUCUCUUUAACAGCGUCGCCAUUCGCACACAUUCUUAUUAUGCAAUGUUUCACUAGCACCUGUUUUGAAAAAUAAACUGAUGGUGACAAGCAAUAUUUACCAACGCAGCGGAUAUGCCAGUGAUGUCAAGGAUACGUCGCCGCAUGAGCUGCAGCCGGGGGAAAUAAGGA